AGGGAGUCCAGAAAAGCAGGGUGACAUUGAGGAGCCGGUGGAGCUGACAGCGUCACUGCAGAGCCUCGGUGCAAGCACGUGCUGGGUUGUGCUGAUGAUGGGUGGCGGGCACUUCGCAGGAGCAGUGUUCCGGGGCCUGCAGGUGCAGGAGCACAAGACCUUCCACCGGUACACGGUGCGAGCACGGCGGGGCACAGCCCAGGGCCUUCGGGAUGCCCAGACCCCGGGGGCAGCACCCAGGUCUGCUGGGGCCUCCCUGCGCCGCUACAACGAGGCUGCGCUGCUCCAGGAUAUUCAGGACCUCCUGGCAGCCUGGGCAGAGCACCUGAAGGAAGCUCAACGCAUCUUCCUCCGGGCCCCUCAUCACAACCGUGCGCUGCUCUUCGGUGGCAGGAACCCACCCCUCACCCGAGGGGACCCUCGCAUCUGCCACAUCCCCCUCAGCACCCGCAGGCCCACCCUGCGAGAGGUGCUGCGAGUCCACGCCAUGCUGGCCAGCCUGCAGGUGUAUGGGAAGGACACGCCACUGGAGGACAUCACUGGGUCCCCCCGGAAGGUCUGGCAGAAGAGGCAGCAGAAGGCAGAGGUGGAUCCCCCGCAGGAGGACACAGCUGCCCCAGAGGAGGAAGAGGAAGAGGAGGAAGAAAGCCCUGCAGAACUGGAGACUGUGGAAGUGACACUGGGGACCUUGGACCUCCGGGAGUUCGAAGUGAUGCCCAAGCGAAACCACAAAAGGAAGAAGAAGAGGGACAAGAAGGUGGAGAAAGGGCCUUGUACUAAAGAGACUGGUGGGCAGCCUGGCUUGGAGCCAGUGGCAGAGCUGCAGGGGGAGGCUGAGCCUGGGCUGCUUCCCUGGAGCAGUGGAGGAGACCCUCAGACCCAGCUCUGCGAUGCUCUGUUCACUGCCUGCAAGACAGGGGAUGUGCAGACACUGCGGCACCUCCUGGGCGUGCCAGAGAAUGGGGGCCUGCCAGAGCACAGUGAGGAUGGGGAAUCUCUGGAUAUGGCCCGCUCCCUGCUGAACCAGCCCGUGGACGAGCGUGGCUGCACCCUGCUUCAUGUGGCAGCACAGGCUGGCAGGGCUGAGGCUGUGUGUCUGCUGCUGGAGGCAGGGGCAGACCCUGCCCUCAGGGACAGGCAGGAGAGGACCCCAUACUGCAUCUCUGCUGACAGACGGACCCGCAAUGCCUUCCGCAAGUUCAUGGUGGACCAUCCAGACAAGUACGACUACAGCCGUGCCAGGGUGCCUGGGCCCCUGACACAGGAGAUGGAGGCCAAGAAGCUGGAGAAGAAGCGGGCACAGAAAGCCCAGCGGAAGCAACGGGAGCAAGCACAGCGCGAGGAGCGGCACCGCUGGGAGCAGGAGCAGGAAAAGAAGCAGUGGUUUGCAGCCCUGUCUGACAGGGAGAAGAGGGCACUGGCUGCUGAGCGGAGGCUGGCUGCACAGCUGCAGGACACCGGCACGACUCUUGCCAACAUCAGCCGCUGCUGGCAGUGUGGAGAGUCCCUGUUGGGACGGAUCCCUUUCCACUACCUCGACUUCUCCUUCUGUUCCACGGCCUGCCUGCAAACGCACCGCCGGGCCCAGGCUGGCCGCACCUAACGCUGGAGACUGCUGCCACCUGCCAAGGACCACCGUGGUGGGACAUGGCUGAGCACUGGCUGUGCAGCAGUGAUGGUCAGAGGGACUGAGCUGGCCACGUCACUCUCCAGGGCAGCUCUGGCAAGGCUCUGGGCAUGAAUAUCACUCUGGGUGGUAACUCUGACAAAGUUAAUAACUGAGAGGUCUCCAUGUGCUAGUGUGAGGGGCUGGGACUGUUUGGUGGCCUGGCUUCAGCCAGGGGUCCUGCUGCCAGCUUUUCUCAUGGCUACCUCAUAGGUUGCUAUUGUAGGUGUAAGGACAGAUCCUGACACAUACAGACCCUGCAGCCCUGAGCUACCUCCAGCCAUGCCUGUGGACACCAUCAAGGCUGUGCUUUUACCUCUCCUCUCCUGGCUGCCAUCAGCAUCUCAGCCGUCAUGUUAGCAACUACUUCCUCCGCCUACAUUGUCAAUAAAGAGGUGCCUUGACCCCCUGGCCAUGGGGGAAUC